CAAUAUGGCGUCCUAUGUGUUCGUUAUACUUGUGGGGGAAUGGCCUUUGCUUUGUUGACAUCAGUGGCUCCAGUCUAUGGCCUUUACACUUCCUUCUUCCCUGUAGUUCUCUAUAUGCUCUUCGGCACUGGUCACCACGUUUCUACAGGUACCUUUGCUGUGUUGAGUUUGAUGACUGGUUCAGUGGUGGAGCAACUAGUUCCCAUCCCACUCGCACUGAACUCCAGUAGCCCAGAGGCAGCAGAGUUUGAGGCCCAGAGGAUUGGGGUGGCAUCAGCUGUAGCAUUUCUCUCAGGCAUAAUGAUGCUCUGCAUGUGCGGGCUCCAGUUGGGUUUCCUUUCCACAUACCUCUCAGAACCAAUUGUUAAGGCAUUUACAAGUGCAGCCGCCUUCCAUGUGACUGUCUCACAGCUGCAAAGCAUGUUGGGAUUACGGCUACCCCGAUAUGCUGGUGCCUUCUCUCUUUUUAAGACUCUGGCAUCAGUGAUGGAGAAUGUGCCCCACACUAAUUUGGCUGAGCUGGUGAUCUCACUGCUUUGCCUGGCUGUUCUGGUGCCAGUUAAAGAGGUCAACUCACGCUUUCGGGAGCGUCUGCGCACUCCCAUCCCCGUGGAGAUCAUCACUGUAAUAAUUGCAACAGGGAUUACAUAUGCCUUUUCCCUGGAUUCCAAAUAUGACAUACAGAUAGUAGGACAUAUUCCAGCAGGCUUCCCCGAGCCACGGCUGCCUGCAUUGGAGACAGUUCCAGAAAUUGCCGGUGACACAGUUGCCAUCACCCUUGUUGCUUACGCUGUGUCUGUAUCUCUAGCCAUGAUUUAUGCUGAUAAGCAUGGAUACUCCAUUGAUCCAAAUCAGGAGCUUCUAGCACAUGGGAUCUCCAACACUGUGUCAUCUCUCUUCACAUGUUUCCCCAAUUCAGCUACACUGGCCACCACAAACAUACUGGAGAGUGCUGGAGGUCACACACAGCUCGCAGGACUGUUCACAAGUCUGGUUGUUCUUAUUGUACUUCUGCUAAUAGGACCUCUGUUUUACUUUCUACCCAAGGCAGUGCUUGCAUGUAUAAAUGUGACCAGCCUGAGACAGAUGUUCCUACUGUUUCAGGAUCUCCCAGACCUUUGGCGAAUUAGCAAAAUUGAUUUUAUGGUGUGGCUUGUGACCUGGCUGUCAGUAGUUGUGCUAAAUGUAGACCUGGGCCUGGCCAUUGGAGUGGUCUUCUCAAUGAUGACAGUUAUAUGUCGUACACAGAGGGCCAACUGCUCUGUGUUAGGAAGAGCUUCCAACACAGAGAUUUACAGAUCCAUCAACAACCAUAAUAAAUGCUAUGAAGUCCCUGGUGUGAAGAUCCUGACCUACAAUGGGCCCAUCUACUAUGGGAACCGUAGCUUUUUUAAGGCUGAUAUGACUCAGCUUCUGGGCCUCACCCCUGAGAGGAUACGCAGCCGAGAGAAAGCCCUGAAGGCCAUUGAGAAGAGAGAGAGAGAGGCCAUUAGCUCUGUAGAACAAGGAGUUACAGACAGUUCAUUUUCUUCAAAGAAUGACUUGUUCAGAUCAGAGAUGGCUGAGGGUGAAGUCGAGGCUGUGUUAAUAGACUGCAGCAGUGUCAUUUUCGUGGAUGUUGCUGGAGCUCGGUUAUUCAUACAGAUGUGCAUGGAGUGCCAGAAGAUAGGAGUACGGAUAUACCUGGCUAACUGCAAUGAGAGUGUACUGAAGAUUCUCACAUCCAGCGGGCUGAUGAACUACAUGAAUCCUCAGCAUAUUUUUGUUACAAUUCAUGAUGCAGUGGUCUACAUACAACAGCAGCGGGAGAAACCUCCUGAGAACAGCACAACGGUAUGGGUGUGAUCUAUCUGACACAAAGUAAUGCAAGACUGAGACUCAAAACAGGACCUAAAGAACCAGUUGGUGACUUCAAGUGUGUCAGAGAAAUGACAAAGUCAUUCCAGCAUUUAUUUCGACUCAACAUGCUGUGAUGAGUUUGUCGGGGCUAUCAGUGGUUGUUUUAACAGAUUACAGCUGUAGUGGCUGUUGUGUUCAUUACAUGCUAAAAACCAGUUCAUACCAACACAAAUAUUCUGUGCAAAAAUUAAUUGCCAUAAACAUGGACAUGCAAUGGAUUUUUUAUGGAGAGGUGUUCUAAUCUCUUCCAUUGCACUGGUAAAAAAAAAACCUGGUCAAUCAAUAAGAUUCAUGCUUUAUGUCAGUUGCCCAGAGCCGCUGUUGUUACAUAAAACUAGAGUUGCUGGUACUCGCAGAUUAUUUUGCCGAUUGUCAGUUAACAGCUUGGCUCGCUUGUCUCUGUACUCUUGUAUUUGGUUAAUAAACACCAUAGUAAACACAAAAAUCUGAAUGGCUGUUUGAAAACAUGUAUAUAUUGUUUGACUCAUUUCCUUUGCCAUGACAGAAACCAAAAACGCAGCUCUUUGUGUACUGGAACAGUUUUUUCAGCUUUUAUAAAUGUCAUCUACUGUCAGAGAGUGAAACUGCAUUUGUAUUCAGCCUCUGUGUGUUUUGUGCAUUGGUCUGAAAUCGGACCGAAUAUUUGUGCCGAACAUUCAGGCCUUAACAUUGCCAACCAUGAUUAACAGCAGUGUUAACGAUAUUUCUAGCCCUGCAUAGGCAAAAAAGAUCAAAUAUGGUUAUUUUAUUGAUUAUGAAAAUUUUCAAUUUAUCAAAAGUGGCUGAAUGUUUUUUUUUUUAAUGAAAAUUAG